AACGCACAUUCUUGAAAACAACUCUAUUCACCCCCCCUCUAGAGUUGCACACUUGUCUAACAAUUGGUAUCGGAGCAGGAAGUUCUUCGAAUACGUUAUUUUUCAGGAACUAAAAGAUCAAAUGGCAUCAAGGAUGUUCAACGCAGGAGUGACCGAGGGACAAUCAACCACGAGGCCACCUUUGUUCGAUGGAACAAACUACUCGUUUUGGAAGGAGAGGAUGAGAAUCUUUAUCCAAUCCAAUGACUACAAGCUGUGGUUGAUUGUGAAGAACGGCUGCGGAGUCCCGAUGAAGAAAGUCGGUGAAGUCAACGUUCCCAAAACUGAAGAGGAGUUCACCGACGAAGAUUGCAAAAAGAUGGAGCUCAACGCUAAGGCAAUAAACAUGAUUUAUUGCGGUGUUAAUGCGGAUGACUACCGCAAAAUUUCGCGGUGUGAAACCGCAAAACAAAUGUGGGAGAAAUUGGAGGUCACCUACAAAGGAACCGCGCAGGUUCGGGAGGCCAAAAUUGACCAUCUUACUCACAAGUACGAACUCUUCUCAAUGAAGGAAAACAAGAAGAUUGAGGAAAUGUUUGAGAGGUUCUCUAACAUCAUUAAUCCUCUCAAUCUUCUCGGGAAGACAUUCACCGACCGAGAGCUAGUGAGAAAGGUGCUGCGAAGCCUAUCCCCCAAAUGGCGUUCAAAGGUGGACGCAAUCGAAGAAGGUCGUGACUUCCAAACAACGACCUAUGAUGCUCUUCGAGGUAAUCUUAUUACCUACGAAACCACCCAACUCUCAAAGGUGGUUGAAGAGAGGAACAGGAGGUCUAUUGCUCUACUCGCAACAACAUCAACCCACAACAACGUUGAUGAUGAAGAUGAUGACAGCGACGACACCGACCUCGGACUCUUUGUCCGAAAAUUCAAGAAGAUGAUGCUCAAGAAGGGAGCCAAGAAGAACACUCCACCCAAGUGCUAUGGGUGUGGUGAAAUUGGGCACAUCAAACCAAUGUGUCCAAAGCUCAAGAACGAGAAGGACAAGAAGGCACUGAAGAAGCAACGUGCCUACAUUUCUUGGGAGAACGACGGCUCCGGGAGUGAAGACUCGGAAACGGAGGAAGUGGCCAACUUGUGUCUCAUGGCCAUUGAGGAUGGUGAAACAUAAAAAGAG